AUGGGAGACCCCGGAACAGAAGACUACGAGGACUUUACUACUGUUGGUGGUGGUGCUGCACCUCCUUUUCUUUUACCACCACCGCCACCACCUCCUCCGCCCCCUCCUUUCGAAGUUCCACCGCCAGCAUAUCGACCACCUGCACCGGAGCUACCUCCGCCACUAUCGCCCUAUGGUGGAAGUUUUAAAACGCCACAACAGCCUGUACGUGGCAGUCGCUCUCAUCCGAAGGAGGGUUCCACCGAGACGACCAAAGGUAAAACCAGAACGAAGACACGUGGAGGAACUAGUACUACAAGUAAAGGUAGCCAUAGGCACAGCGAAAGUAGAGUGAAGGAUUAUCUUUUUUAUUAUUUUGCUGUUAUGGAUUGUGUGGUUGGACGUUCACGCUGCUGGGUAUCUUUGCCGGAUGGUCUGACAUAG